UGUUACAAGCUAUUGGAGGCGCAGUGCCCCCCCAAUACCGACCAUGCCGUCAGCGUAUCCCUUCCAACAUGGAAAGCUAACAUUGCCUACGAAGAAGGCCAGGAUUGGAUAAUUGGAAAAAUGGAAUGCGGCUAUCCUCGAUUUUUCGUGCAUCCCAUCAUUCAGAAACUCGCAGCGGAGGUGAUCCAGAGAGUCGGCGAUCCGGAUAACGAAGCUGUUACUCUGUUUGCUACGCAUAAAAGUGCCAAAGCAUGCCGGUCAUUCAUUGUAUCGAAAAUUAACGAAGAAGAAUCACAAAAGAUCCGCGUCGUUAGCUUUGUUCCUGCCCCGCAUACGGAUACUAGCUUGUCCUCAGUCACCUCGUCCCUCUUCGCCACCAUAUACCCAAAAGAGUACGCUCCUGUCGCCAAACAAGUGUGGCAGCAUUCUGGAGAUGGGGUAUCGAGUCGCCGAGGCGAGUUCUGCCUUCGUGCUCUUCAAGAUGAAUUCUUAGUGGAGGACAAGGGCACGUCAGCGACUGAAUCUUUGCCCGAACGUCCUUGCAAGGGCCCCCGCAGAUAUAGAGGCCGCCGCUCUUUGAGUGGGAUCUCAUGGGGAGCUUCGUCAACGGCGGCGGUGGCACCUACAAAUGGCGCAGAAGAUGGCCGUGAUUACUCCCAUUUCAUCGAGGAGCGCUUUGGACGCAACUUGAGCGCCAAGCAUGCCGAUCAGGCGAAAACUGCGGUCAGAAGGCGCAUUGCGGGCGUUUUGACUGCAGAUGGAGAGCUGAACGAGGCCCUCGAAACAACUUCCACGGAAGGGCGAGUUGCUGGUAUCUCGGCAGACGAUGUGCUGCUUUAUCCCACUGGCAUGAGUGCUAUCUUCAAUGCCCAUCAAACAUUGCUCAAUACCCGCGGUCCACUCAAAAGUAUCUGUUUUGGUUUCCCAUACACGGACACUUUGAAGAUCUUGCAGAAAUGGGGGCCGGGCUGUCUAUUUUACGGACAUGGAUCAUCAGAGGAUCUGGAUGAUCUUGAGUCUCGUUUGAAGAAGGGUGAAAGGUUCCUCGGCCUAUUCACAGAGGCGCCUAGUAAUCCUCUACUUAGGACACCGGACCUUCGACGCAUACGAGCCCUUGCAACCCAGUAUGAUUUUGCGGUGGUUGUUGAUGAGACUAUCAGCAAUUUCCUCAAUAUAAAUGUUCUUCCUCAUGCGGACAUGGUUGCCAGCAGUCUUACGAAGAUCUUCAGCGGGGACAGUAAUGUCAUGGGAGGAAGUCUUGUUCUCAACCCCCAUGGACAAUACUACCACAAACUGAAGGAGACAUUUAGUCGGGAUUAUGAAGACAUGGUCUGGGCAGAAGAUGCCGUCUUCCUGGAGAGAAACAGUCGUGACUUUGUGGCAAGAAUCGAGAAAAUAAACUCUACAUCAGAGGAAAUCACUGCGAUGCUGAAAGCAUCUCCGCUCGUCAAGGAAGUAUACUAUCCGAAAUAUAGCCCUACACGGCCCUUCUAUGACAGCCUUCGCAAUCCUAACGGUGGAUAUGGUGGCCUCUUCUCAGUCAAAUUCUACUCAACUGCCGAAGCUAUAGCCUUUUUUGAUACCCUAGAAGUUCUCAAAGGACCCAGUCUGGGCACUAACUUCACCUUGGCAUCCCCAUAUGUUCUCUUGGCUCACUUUAGCGAAUUGGACUGGGCAAAAUCCUUUGGCGUCGAGGCCGACCUCGUUAGAGUUAGUGUCGGACUGGAGGAGCUGCCUGACCUGCGUUUGAGGGUCCAAAAGGCUUUGGAUGCAGUCGAGAAAGCGGUAACUAAAUAA